AUGAAAAACAGCCUUGCAUUAAAACUCCCACAAAGCAAAUUAUGUUGGCGUGCAUUCAUUAUGCUUAUGGUAGCAUCCAUUCAUAUCGCAGUCAUUGUACCAACUUGGAAGGUGUAUACAAUGGAGGGAAGGGAUUCCACCUUGAUUCGGUACAGCGCUGCAAACACACACGGCGAAUCUUUGCACAUUAGUAGUACAGUGCUCGAUGUUGAUUUUGCAGAGAAAAAGUUUCGUAUGCACUGCAUUGUACAGCCCAAUGGGACCCUGGCGAAUCAAUACGGGCAAUUAAACCAGCCGAUCAGAGUAUCCUUCUCAUCCAUGAUUAGCUAUAACAUUGAAGCAGGCGAGAGUGACAAUCCGCUGGAUGUGAGCUUGAGUUACAAUGAUGGCGAUGAGAUCGAUUAUCCUUUUGACAAGUACACUGGAUCAUUUGAAGUGGCAGCAACCUAUACGAAUGAUACAAGCCAUGCUAUCCCCAUUACUUUUCAGCUAAUUGCAAGCUUGACAUCAUAUGCUUUCGAGCCUACAUUGAUACCAUCGGAGCCUAACCAAGAUCGUGUUGGCUUGCAUAUUGUCACUGGCCGAUCUACCACAACGAUUGGCUUUAGUCUCUUUGUAUGCGUACUCAUGUGGGCCAUGUCGCUUGUCAUGUUACUUUUUGGCUAUCAGGUGGUACGCUGUAGACGCCACAUCAAUGCCCAUGCAAGUAUGAUUGGGCUUACCAUGUUGUUUGCAUUGCCAGCCUUACGCUCAGCUCAACCAGGGGCACCAGCCAUUGGAUGCACAUCUGAUAUUCUCAGCUUUUAUUGGAACAUGGCCAUCAUUGCCUGUGUCAGUAUAGCUAUUCUAUCAUGCUGGGUCAUACGAUGGAGCAAGGAGGAUGAUGUAGAGCAUCGUUUUCAUUCUCAACAACGCUUUGGUUCAGCCGAUAUUGAAAAGCCAUGCGUUGAACAUUUUGAGCGGUUACCGUCUCAUAGCAACCCCACGAACAACAGUGAAAUUACAGUGGCAUAA